GGGGUGGAGCGGAGAGGGGGCGAGUUCCCAAUUAAUUCCCCCACUUCUACUCCAGCUCAGAAGCAACUGGCAGACACAGGAGCUGGAAUGAAGACCCUCAGCCGUGCCCACUGCCUUGGGCUGCUCCUGCUGUCCUUGCUGGCUCUCCUGCAGGCCCGUUCCACCCACAAGAAUGGCAUCGACAUUUACAGCCUCAUGGUGGACUCCAAGGUUAGUUCCCGGUUUGCCCACACAGUUGUCACCAGCCGGGUGGUCAACAGAGCCGACUCAUCCCAGGAAGCCAUCUUCAACAUGGAGCUGCCCAAGAAAGCCUUCGUCACCAACUUCUCCAUGAUCAUUGACGAAGUGACCUACCCAGGAAAUAUCAAGGAGAAGGAGAAGGCCGAGGAGCAGUACAGCGCCGCCGUGGCCCGGGGAGAGAGUGCAGCCUUGGUUAAGGCUGUUGGGAGGAAGACGGAGCAGUUCCAAGUGUCGGUCAACGUGGCCCCUGAAGCCAAGGUCACCUUCGUAUUGGUGUAUGAAGAGCUGCUCAAGAGGCAGUUGGGGGUAUAUGAGCUGUUGCUGAAAAUCCAGCCCCAGCAGCCAGUCAAGCAUUUGCAGAUAGAUAUUCACAUCUUUGAGCCUCAAGGGAUCAGCUUCCUGGAGACAGAGAACACCUUCGUAACUGAUGACCUAAAGAACUCCCUCACCACCUCCGUGAAUGAGACCAAGGCUCAUAUCAAGUUCAAGUCCGUACUCGAAGAGGGAAUGUCCCCACAGCAGCAGGAGACGGUCUUGGACGGUCACUUCAUUGUCCACUACGAUGUCAACCGCAGCCUCUCCGGCGGCUCUAUUCAAAUCGAGCAAGGGUACUUUGUACACCACUUUGCCCCCAUGGACCUGCCCACCAUACCCAAGAAUGUGAUCUUUGUCAUUGACAAGAGCGGCUCCAUGUCUGGUAGGAAAAUCCAGCAGACCCGGGAAGCCCUCAUCAAGAUCGUGGGUGAACUCAACCCCAAAGACCAGUUCAACCUCAUCGACUUCAACAGCCAUGUGGAGAAGUGGAAGCCAUCCCUGGUGCCAGCCUCAGCUGAAAACUUGGAACAUGCCAAAAGCUAUGCUGCCGGCCUCAGGGCCACUGGAGGGACCAACAUCAACGAGGCCAUGCUGAAGGCUGUGAAGAUGCUGAAUGACGCCAACCGGGAGGAAAUGCUGCACGCGGGAAGCGUCUCCAUCAUCAUCCUGCUCACUGAUGGGGAGCCCACAAGCGGAGAGACCAACCCUGUAAUAAUCCAGAAGAAUGUGAAGGAAGCCAUCGAGGGCCAGUACUACCUCUUCUGCCUUGGCUUUGGCUUUGACGUCAACUACAACUUCCUGGAGAAGAUGGCGCUGGAGAAUGGUGGCCUGGCACGGCGCAUCUACGAGGACUCAGAUGCCAAUCUGCAGCUCCAGGACUUCUACCAGGAGGUGGCCCACCCACUGGUGACAUCGGUGACCUUUGAGUAUCCAGGCAAUGCCACAGAGCAUGUCACGAAGGACAACUUCCAUCUGCUCUUCAGGGGUGCCGAGAUGGUGGUGGCUGGGAAGCUCCGGAAAGAUGGCCUAAAUAUGAUCUCUGCCAAAGUCAGUGGGAAGCAGUCCAAGCAGAAUAUCACCUUCGAAAUAAUGACCGAUGUGGCUGAAAAGGAAUUGGAGUUCCAGACUCCCAAGUACAUCUUCCAUGGCUUCAUGGAGAGACUCUGGGCUUAUCUGACCAUCCAACAGCUCCUGGAGCAGAUGAUUUCUUCCUCAGACACUGAGGUAGAGGACAUGAAGGCCCGAGCCCUGGAAUUGUCACUCAAAUAUAACUUUGUCACCCCCCUCACUUCCAUGGUGGUCACCAAACCCGAAGGCCAAGAAAAGCCCCACGUUAUCAAUAAAGCUGUGGAAAAAGGUGAAUGUGACUACGGUAUUCCAGUCAACCCUCCCGACAAGCCCUCCUCCAGCUGCCUGAGUGUUCCCCGUUCCCCACCCCUUAUGAUCAUGGAAUUACCCAGCCUGCUGAUGUAUGAAUUCACUUGCUCAUUUGGACUCUGGCUGCUAUUCAGGCCCACUAAGGACAUGGUCCAGCUGGGGGGCCCAGCACAUAGAGCUGAGAGCAAAUCCAAGCACCCUCAUUUUCCAGGUCCCUUUCGUUACGUCAGCAUGGGAAGAGCAGGCACCAGGCAUAGAGGUAAUUCCUCAGUGGACAAAACUCACACUGUGUCUUCAGAUCAUCUCGAAGGGAGGUUGAGGGGACCAUCUAAAUCCGGACCAUCGCUCCUUCUAGAAGCAACCAUGGUAGCUCCAACCGAAGCCUACAUCAAGGCCCCGCACGCCAUCCUGCCACUUCCUGGCCAGAGUGGGGACCAAAUCUGUGUGGACCUCAAGAGCUCUCAGGGAUUAUUGGAGCUGAUCUCAGACCCUGAGAAAGGGCUCCAGGUGAUGGGUUAUUACGAGGAGGAGAAGGGCCACUUCUCAUGGAUUGAGGUGACCUUCAAGGAUAAUCAGCUGGUGGUGCGUGCAACCCCGGAGCACAUCGUGGUGACGCGGGGCAGCAGGAGCACAUCCUACAAGUGGAAAAAAACACUAUUCGCUGAGAUGCCCAGCCUGAAGAUGACCAUGGACAGGGAUGGACUCCUUCUGCUCAGGAGCACAAACAGCACGAUUAUGGGCCUGAAGUUCUGGCACGGCCCGGGGCAGGGCCUGAAACUCCUUCUGCAGGACCCCGACUACUUCUCCAACCAAGUUGGCGGAAUCCUUGGUCAAUUUUACCAGAAUGUGGUCUGGGGGCCCCUGGAAGAGGCAGAUGACAGCAAGCGCACGCUGAGUGUUCAAGGACAGAACCUCUUGGCCACUAGAAAGCAAAAGCUGGACUACCAGAAGAAGAGCCUGGGAGCAGAGAUCUCCUGCUGGUUGGUAGAGCUGUGACCCCCAUAUAGGCUGCCCGACUGUGGGGUCUGAACUGUGCCAGAUGGGACACACCUGACCACUACCAAUAAAA